UGUUCGAAUUUCAUGUCCACAAUGUGCACGUGAACAUAAUGCUGGCAAUAUUUAUCACUGGUCAUUUAGUCGUAAAUGGUGGACGAAUGUAAACUGCAUGGAACCUAGUCGCAAGAAUGUUGUUCAUUUACUCGCUGGAGGCGCUGGUGGAACGGUAGGAGCCAUUGUAACAUGUCCUUUGGAAGUAGUCAAGACUCGGCUUCAAUCAUCCGUUGCCACAUUCCACCCUGUGUAUAACCUACCGACUCUUAAUGUUGUGCCACAUGUGCAACCCUGUGCAAACUAUGCUACAUGGAGCAAUUCCUUCGUGUCACCCAAUGAGUUAGUCCAUCACUCAUCCAAACCAUCAUCAGCAGGCAUACUUGUGUGCCUAAGGUUCAUAGUGAAGACAGAAGGAGUCCGUGGUUUAUUCAAAGGUCUUGGCCCUAAUCUAGUUGGAGUUGCUCCAUCAAGGGCUAUUUAUUUCUGCACAUAUGCCCAGGCCAAACAGGUUCUGAACCAGAAGUUUAACCCCAACACACCAAUUGUCCACAUCCUAUCAGCGCUUUCAGCAGGUUUCUGUGCCAGCACUGCCACCAACCCAAUAUGGUUUGUGAAGACAAGACUACAACUAGAUCAGAAACGCGAGGGGAGCCUGUCGUGGCAGAAGUGCAUCCGUCUCAUCUACGAGGAACAUGGCAUGAGAGGGUUCUACAAAGGCAUCACAGCAUCAUAUUUCGGUGUGACAGAGACUGUCAUUCACUUCCUCAUCUACGAGUCCUUGAAAGCCCGACUCCUGAAGAACGACCACCCUGAAAGCAGCGGGGCUGGAAUCUCAUGUCUGUUGAAGUACAUGAUAGCUGGUGCCAUCUCCAAAACGUGUGCGACAACCGUAGCAUAUCCUCAUGAGGUUGCGAGGACGCGACUGCGGCAAGAAGGCAGCAAGUACCGAACGUUCAUCCAGACCAUUUUGUUGGUAGCCAGGGAGGAGGGCCACACAGGCCUGUAUCGCGGCCUUGUCACACAACUUGUCCGACAGAUUCCCAACACUGCAAUCAUGAUGGCGACAUAUGAACUCGUUGUGCAUCUCCUCUCAAAAGAUGAAAAGACCAGCUAGCUCAUUUACUCUCAACAUAGUGAAGAGACUCCAAAAUACAUGCGACACGGCGCACAUUUCAUCGGAAUCAUUGUCUGAAAGAAAAUUUGGCAUUUGUGCCACACCACUCAAUCCAGUCCAGAUGAAUCCGAGUCUAGAUCUGAAACCCCAGGUCGGUUGAGGAAAAGAUCUGAGUUUAUGUUCUCAACACAGAAUCUCAUGUUCUGGAGGGCAUAGAGAUGUAGUCCUGUAGAGUUGGAACUAAAAUUUUCGUCUGCACUCCGAGAUCAUUUCGCAGGACAAGUUUCAUCACACAUUGAACAUUUUGGUGCUGCAACAGUCUUUCGACUUGUUCCACAGUUAAUUAUUGCACGUCACAGGCUGACAGUGUCUGCUUUUCAGUAGAAACCAGAAACAACUAUUCCAUAAAAGAUCGGGUUAUAAAAAAAUUGGGGGGGAGGGGGGGAAAUGUAAUAAGGGUUCCACUUGCAAUAUUCAUUUGUGACACAAUCAUUUGCACCUCAUGGAUAAGUCAUACACUUGUGAUAAUGUACAUAUUGUUGGAUGCAAAAGAUGUAUAUAUUUGUGAGAGAGUUUCUAUAAAUGCUAAUUCAUCAAAAAAUCUCAUCAGAAAUGAUUAGUAAGAUGAUCUGAUUAAAAUGAAACAUUUGAAUAUGCAAAAUAUUGAAGUGACACUAAAUUUUCAUUUUUUCAGAUCCAUUCCAGUAUUAUUAUUUUUUUUCUCCUAGCAGCAGUGCUUUUUCUAAAAUGAGUGUACAUAUUUUGUGAAUAAAAUACAAAUGAAAAGUA